CUACUUAGUAAGCAUUUGUUAAAUAAAUUAACCUGUGUUCACCAUUACAUUCAUGUCAGAAAAUGUACCAUAAUGUUGAACACCAAAGCAUUUUUAGUGAUGCAGGGAAAUGAUAAAAAUCGUAAGUGAAAAAAAUAAGAUUUCAAAAGUAUAUUUAGAGUAGCAUAUUCAUUCCAUAAAUAUAUUUUUUCCAGAAAGACGUAUGAACAUGCCCUCUUAUAACGCAGUAGGCAGCGCAUCAGUCUCAAUCUGAAGAAAGUCGUGUGUGAGAAUAUUAACAUUUAUCUCUGGGUUGUGACAUUAUGAAUAAAUCUGUUUCUUAUAUUAUUUAGUCUUUCCUGAAAUUUCCUACAUGGAGAAAAGUAUUCUGUAACCUAGAAUAAAACAAAGAUGUACGAUCGGGCAAUCAGUGCCCCUACCAGCCCCACCCGCCUGAGUCAUUUAGGGAAGAGAAGCUGGGAAGAACCAAACUGGAUGGGCUCCCCCCGGUUGCUGAACAAGGACAUGAAGACAGGCCUGAGCCGUUCCCUGCAGACCCUGCCCACAGACUCCUCAGCCUUUGACACUGACACAUUCUGCCCACCCCGGCCCAAGCCAUUGGCCAGGAAGGGCCAGGUAGACUUGAAGAAGUCACGCCUCCGCAUGUCCCUGCAGGAGAAACUUCUCACUUACUACCGGAACCGGGCCGCCAUCCCUGCCGGUGAGCAGGCUCGGGCCAAGCAAGCUGCCGUGGACAUAUGUGCCGAGCUCCGGGGCUUUCUGCGGGCCAAGCUUCCUGACAUGCCACUUCGGGACAUGUACCUGAGUGGCAGCCUCUAUGAUGACCUGCAGGUGGUGACAGCAGACCACAUCCAACUCAUUGUGCCCCUUGUGCUGGAGCAGAACCUGUGGUCGUGCAUCCCUGGCGAGGACACCAUCAUGAAUGUCCCUGGCUUCUUCCUGGUUCGUCGUGAGAACCCAGAAUACUUUCCUCGUGGUAGUAGUUACUGGGACCGCUGCGUAGUAGGGGGCUACCUCUCCCCAAAGACAGUGGCAGACACAUUUGAGAAGGUUGUAGCCGGCUCCAUCAACUGGCCGGCCAUAGGGUCCCUCUUGGACUAUGUGAUCCGACCAGCCCCACCCCCAGAAGCCCUGACUCUGGAAGUGCAGUAUGAGCAUGACAAACAUCUUGUCAUUGACUUCCUGCCAUCGGUGACCCUUGGUGACACUGUCUUGGUGGCCAGACCCCACCGGCUAGCCCAGUAUGACAACCUGUGGCGGCUGAGCCUGCGUCCGGCUGAGACGGCACGCCUGCGGGCUUUGGACCAGGCUGAUUCAGGCUGCCGAUCUCUGUGCCUCAAGAUCCUUAAGGCCAUAUGCAAGUCCACUCCGGCUCUGGGCCACCUCACUGCCAGCCAGCUCACGAAUGUCAUCCUCCACUUGGCCCAGGAGGAGGCUGACUGGUCCCCCGAUAUGCUGGCCGAUCGAUUCCUGCAGGCCUUGAGGGGACUCAUCAGGUACCUGGAGGCUGGAGUCCUGCCCAGUGCUCUGAACCCCAAGGUGAACUUAUUUGCAGAGCUGACCCCUGAAGAAAUAGAUGAAUUGGGAUACACCCUCUAUUGCUCAUUGUCAGAGCCGGAGGUGCUGCUGCAGACAUAGGGCAGGCGCAGGCCAGAGUGGGUGUUGGGCAGCCAGGCUCUGGAUCCUCUGUUAGAAACACUUGGCUACAUAGUUGGUGCCUCAUAGGGUCCCUAGGUGCCUCCUGUCUUGCCCUGGUCACUUCAUGCUGAUUAGAAUGACAUCGCUUAAUUUCCUAUUUUCUCAAAUCCAACCCUUUCUAUUUUUGUUACCAAACACUGUGCUCCCUACUCCUCCCCUCCCCCCUUUGCUCCAGGCUAAUUUUUCUGGAAUGAAUGGAGAAGGUGGAGCCCUGGCCUGAGCUGUUGAAACCACUUGAUGUUCUGCAUGUGGCCCAGGCUUUCUACCCCUGUCUGCCCUGCCUCUCCCUUUGGCCUAUUUCUCUCCAGUGUCUUCUCUCCCUUUUCCUUUUCCUCUUGUUCAUACCUCCUGUUUUGUUCCUUUCCCUGGAGCACACCAGCCUCAUCAAGACGUUGCCUUUAGUUGAAUGUCACUGAAGUUGUGAUGGCACGUUUCUAAGCUGAGCUCUGCAGAGAGCAUUCAAGCAGUAUUUAGGGUGUCCGGGGGGUAAGACGGUGCAAGAGCUGGCCUUUAAGAAGCCCAUUCCCCCAAUCUCCUGACCUACUCACGUCCACAGUGCUGAGGACUCUCUUGCAAACACUGUUAGUGACCCACACAGGAGUGAGGGCUCAAGAUAAACUGGAUGCAAAGUUAUUUGGAGAUUUGUGUUUUUUAGUGGCCAUCAGAGUGCAGAGUAAGAGCUGGAGGUGGCAAAGGGGGCCUGGGAGAGGGUCUGUGUGCCUGAUGUCUGCACCCCACUCGUGGCUGGUCCAGACCAACGCCACUGUGCAGGACCCAGACGCAGACGGGGAGGAGAGGAGCUGCAAGGGCAGCACCUCCGCAUGAGCACUCUUGUUCAGCCCCCUCCUUGCCCGGUUGCCAGUCAGGAUGACGAGGCCUUCUGGAACACAGCCUUAGCUGUAGAUGUUGAAGGGAGCUUGACAGGCGGCAGAACAUCAGCUGGAAGAUCCAGUCAUCAGUUGGAACUCAGUGACCAUGUUUCUCCCUCAUCAGGCCCUGCCUUUCUAGGAUGUUGCCUUAGAGCAAGAGCAAGAACAGGCCCGGCAGUCUGCUGUAGGUAUGCGAGAGGGCUAUUUGCUGAACUCUCCAGGCACCUCCAGACCCAAAGGGCAAGCAAACAUGCUCAGACCUCUACCCCCACCCCCAGUCCUGUCUCUCGCCCAGCACCUGGGGAGAUCGGUGCUACCUAAGAAGAGUGCACAUGGAUAAAACACACAUGAGAGGGAGGUGGGGACUUCCUACGCUCCUUGUUUCCAGCUGCUAAAAUUGCACUAUUUAUUGCAAUGUAAAAAGUAUCCCGAGGGUGGGGAGGAGUGUUUAAUACACAAUACCAGUGUAUCUUAUUGUUUUGUGUUUUUUUUUUUCCUGUUUGUGGCAAGAGCCUGAUAAUUCUGUUUCUGAUCUGCCCGUCCAGUAUUUUGUUCAACUCCCAUCAAGUGGUAUUAUUUUUUAUUUCUAUACUUAACUACCUCUCCAAUCAGUGAGAUUCUGGUGAGGCUCUCCGCAGCUGUCUCAUUCCUUCCCAGUGACAGCAAUAUGAAGUGGCUCUAUAAAUAGCAUUGAAGCCUCAGCUAUCCUUUGAAUUUAGGGUAGAGAUACCUGUUCCCUUUUUGUCACAGAUUAGGGAGUUGAGAGCUAGUGUUAACCUUGGCUGUAUUUGGAGAAUCUUCCUGCUUCAUACAUGUAUGCAUGGAUUCUGUAAAGUGGUUCAGUUGUUUCAUUUAUAUGAAGCUACUGGGAGAGAAUGAAAAGUGUAAAGCCCAGAGCCUGGAGAGAGAAUCCAGCCUGGCUGUUCAUCAGAAUCAAAUUGGAGUUUUAGGAAAUCUAUAUGCCCAAGUGCUGCUGCCCUGGGCAAGUGAUGUAGAGGGUGACAGGUGGGGUCUGCCAUGGCAUCCAGGAGAGGGGUGGACUGAGACAGUGUUGCUAAAGCAUGGGUUACUCAUUGAGAAAAAGGAUUUGGUUUUCACAACGCAGUAUAAAACCUACAAUUUCCCCAAGCUCAAAAACGAUUUUAAAGAUCAAGUCCCAAAUUAUCAAAGAGUAAUUGUGAUUUGAGUUUAUCUCCUCUCUUACAGAACUUCUUUCUAAGGGCAUCUCUGCCUUUUAACUAUGUUUUACAAAACCAAAAACUGUAAGUUUGCCAUUUCACAAGCAAGAACCUUCUAGAAGUCAUCAGAACUAGAAGCAGUGGGAAUUCCCAGUCCUCGUGGUUUUGCUGACCAGCUCAGCAAGCCUCACCAUAAAACUUGGAAGACAGUCAUGUACUUUGAGAUUCUUGGGUUGAAGUGGAACGUUCUGUCGCCUCCACCUUUACUCUCUGGGGAAAGAUGUGGUGCCUCUCCCGCCAUUCUGUUUCUGCUUGGUGACUCCAGCCUUUCCUGAAGUCAUAGCUCUACUUCUCCAUCUGAAGUUUUUUGUAUACCAUCUAGGUUAGCAAACCACACAGUUAGCCUAAUGCUUAAAAAAUAUAUUCCAUCUUGACAUUCUGAUCAAUUCCAAAGUGUAUAUGUUUUCCCUGUUACCCCUUCCUUAAAAAAAUGAGUUUAGGACAACAGUAUUUUUUUUUUUUUAUAUACUUGGUUGUGACUUUUUUCCCCAAAUAAAUAAUUGAAGCUCAUGUUUGGAAAAGCUGUGUUGAGGCCUACAAGUCUUUCUUCCUGGGUCUCGCCCCUGGUGGUCCACUGGUUGAUGCUGCAAAUGAGCUGCAUUUGCUCCCUUGUACUCCACGGAAGUUGAGGGCGCAAAUGGUUUUGAUGAAGAACCAGCCCCAGGAAGCAAAGGCCCUGGAGAGGCCCCGAGGGGCUUCUAUAAGUAGUAAUCCCUGUGUGUGUCCUGAGCCUUCUGCUGUGGCACAUCUUCCUUGAGACUAGGACCCUGGCUGAGAACGUCUACUGUCACAGGAUCUAUUAGGGCUCUGCCCUUCCUGCUGAAGCUCAAGGCCAAAGAGACACUUAGGACUAGAGUUGUGUCACCCUUUUAGACACUGCUGACCCUGAAUGGCCAAAGUUCCAGAGACACGGGUUCUGGAGCUCCCUGUAUACAGUGUGUUUACCUUUUCAUGUUGAUCAUCUUGUAGUCUUUAAAUUCUUGGUCCGAUACCAAGUCUACAACUUGUCUUCCAGUGACUUGCCUGCUCUUUAGUAGCGGUUGAUGUUUGGCUGAUAGAUUUGGAAUCAGUCUCCAAUCUUUCUGUCCUGUCUUGCUUAGCUCCAUGCAGAAGCAGCCUAGCCCCGAGACCCAGAGAACUGCUGUCCUUUUUCUCCUUGAGGGAGGAAACAAAGCUGGGGGCCAUGAUGUCCACCCACAGCAUGGGAAGAAUAAAGGUCUCCUUUCCAACAGCUUCGACUUGCGUGUGUGGUAUGAAACACUUUCCCACAGGAAUGGUACUGAUUCUUCAUUUCAGCGAGAACAUGGAAGUGCUUGAUCUGGGUCUGUCACUGAAGUCAU